AUGGCCAAGUUCAGUAGAAGUGAUUUGAUUGAGUUCGAUGUUGCCCACCCUGAUGAUUAUAAUUCGGUUUUAGAAUUCGUUCUAAAUCAUUACUAUCGCGAUGAGCCGAUGAAUAGUUCGUACAUCUAUGACCGCAACCCAGCAGAAGAUGACGUCGAGUUUUCAGUUUCAUUCAUGUUUCAAGGAAUGGCUAUCAAAGCGGUUGACCGCAGCAAAGGUAACCACUUGAUUGGAAUUUCAAUCGCUAAUCCUAUCUAUCCAGGAUACGUCGAUGACUUACUGGAAGCGGCUGAACGUGCAAAGACUCGAAAAUGGAAGGACAGUUUAAAGCUUUUGGCACACCUGCAGCAAUCGGUAAACAUUUUGGAUCGAUUCAAAGUUGCCAAAUGUUACGACAUCGAGAUACUGGCUGUUGAUCCGGAGUACAGAGGUCAUUCGAUUGGAGCGACACUUUUCGAGAGACAAUUCGAAAGAGGCAGACAUCUAGGCUUUCCGUUAGCCAGCGCGGACUGCUCAAGCUACUAUUCGGCACGGAUUGCGGAGCGGGUAGGAAUGACGUGUGUCGGCAAGCUAGCCUACGCGGACUAUCGAGACGAGCACGGGGUGCAACUGUUUCAACCUUGUGCUCCUCAUUUGGAAAUUCAAACUUUUGCAAAGAAGCUGUAA